AUGGAGUGGGUGUUCUGGGUCUAUGCCGCCCUCAGUGUUUCUGUCAGCGCAUUUCUAUAUCUUAUUUUAUGGUCAACACUGAUCUUCCCCGUUCACACAAUGACGCCCACAUGGGUCUUUCCCGCAUACCCCCUACUUCUCAAUGCACCCUUUGCAGCAAAUCUCAUCGCUGCAGCAGAAUCUUCGGGCCAUAAAAUGACAGUAAAUACCGUGGCUAUGGCGCUCGGAGCUACUGCGAUUCAAGGAACCGGAUGUUUGAUCGCCUUUAUGAUAUCUUCUGCUUUUAUUUAUCGCCUAAUGACUCAAAAACUUCCGAGAGAUAAUCAGAGACCCGGUAUCUUUAUGUCUAUAGGUCCUUAUGGCUUUACUGCUGCUGGUAUAGCCCAACUCGGUAGCCAGGCUGACUUGCUUGUCCCCGAGAACUUUUUGGGUGCCUCAAAUGUCGCAGACAUCAUCAAAGUCAUAAGUAUUCUUGUGAGUCUCUGGCUCUGGGGUCUUGCCCUGUGGUUUUUCCUGGUAUGCGUCGGCGCAUUAUGGAAAUAUACUAGGUCAGGCCACCACAUGCCUUUCCAAAUGACUUGGUGGUCUUUUGUGUUUCCCAAUACCGCUCUUGUUACGGCCACUAGCGUCAUGGGUAAGGUCUUUGACAAUAAUGGCCUACACAUCUUUGCGUCUGUCAUGACCGUUGCUAUCAUCAUUGUCUGGAUCAUAAUCUUUGCAAGGAUGUGCUGGAGUCUUAAAACGAAGAAGCUUCUCUGGCCCAGGGAUGAAAAAUAG